AUGAGAAACUCUUCGACCGGAUCAUGCAAACAGCAGAUCUCCAGCGAAGCGGGCGAUGCGGGCGAUGCUCUGAUGGGAGGGGAAGCCCAUCCUGCGAACCACGCCUCGGGCCUGGAGAAAAAGGCCUCCUGGUUUCGACGCACUUUAACGGAUACUUGGGCCCCGGAGAUCACAGCUAUCGUGUCAAUGCUUCUUUGUCUAGUAGCCAUCCUCGUCAUCCUUACCGAAUACCAGGGCAGAUCCGUCCCCGACCUACCAAUGGGAUUGACUCUCAACACGAUCAUCUCGAUCCUGGCCACCGGCGCGAAAUCACUGCUCAUUUACGCGAUUUCUGCGUCGAUUGGUCAGUCCAAAUGGAUCUGGUUCAACCCAGGUCAGCCGUUGCAGGACCUGCAGACCUUUGACGAUGCAAGUCGCGGCCCCCUCGGUUCGACGACGUUGCUUUUUGGACGAACGAUAACGUCCGUUGCGUCCUUGGGCGCAGCUGUCACGGUUACUGGGCUGGCGUUCGAGCCUUUCGUCCAGCAAGUGGUCCUCUAUUCCGUUGAAAACGUCAAGACAUCGUCUCCGCUUGCGACGGCGAACAAAGCCACCAGCUUUCGGGAGGACGGGGCACAUAUGCGGUCGUCCGUGAUGUCUGGUAUCUGGGCUACGAAAGAGGCGUUGCAGGCAAUCCCCUCGUGCCCGACUCAGAACUGCACAUGGCCAAGACAGAGGAUGACCCGUUCCUUGCCGGCACUUUCGAAGCCUCAUUCUACUAUCCCCGCAUCCUCCUCCAGCAACUACUACAACGCCCGACCUCUGGGAACCGAAGUUAUCUGGGGAUCGUCGUCACCAAGUUGA